UGAGACUUAAUCUACUGUCUGCGUUGAGGGAAAAAAAGUUGUCCGUGCCUACUCGACGAGCUGCUCGGCGAUCUAAAUUCAUUUCUCCUCGGUUCAAAACAACAAAAAGUAUCAAGUUUUCUGCGUCAAAUUGAGUGAUGGGGGCAGGAAAUGUUCAAUAGGAUAUUCGGACUGGCUGUGUACUUAUGAGACAGAAGAGGAGGAAGAGGUGACGGAUCACAACACUGUCAGUGUUUUGCUGAAGCCCUGCUCAAUCAUGGCCCAGUGGAUGCACAUGACCCAGCUGAUACAGUAUCUGCCUGGACCGACGGUCAAUGACCUCUACCCCUCAAAUUCCUUCCCCAUAGAAGUCAGACAUUUUUUAGCCGAAUGGAUUGAGAAGCAAAGAUGGGAGGACUUUGUAUUAGAAAAUGUGGAGCAGGAGGGCCAGGCUACGGCUCUGUUGGACCAGCUCAUCCACAUGCUGCAGUCGAUGGCUCAAGAUAACGCCAAUGUGGUGGAGAAGAUGAAGCUGUUGCAGAUCAGCAGGAACAUGAACAGUUUUCAGCAGCAGCCUCUGCAGUUUGGAGUGAUGGUCAGGGACAUGCUCAGGAAGGAGAGGUCUCUGCUCAGAUCUCACCCAACAAUAAUCAGCCCUCCACAGUACCCACAGUAUAGAGAGUCCUCGUUCACAGAGUCCUCAGAUUUGGAUAAGCUGGUUUUGAAGGUGCUGGAGAUCCAGGAAGUCCGGCAAAAGUUGCACCAGAUGCAAGAGGAGCUCAACUGGGAGAGACAGAACUAUGAGUCUAUAGGCACGAUCCAGCAGAACGGACUGGAACCCACAGCUGGAGAAAUCCAGAAACUCCAGAACCACAUCCAGCAAAUGGAGUACACAAUGAAAAGCUUGGCCACAAAACGAUUCCAGUCACUGAAGGAGUGUGUGGACUGUCUGGACCAGUGUCAGACCCGACUCAUCGGUAGGCUGAAGGUGUGGAGGUGGGAACAGCACAAGGCCACCAUCGGACAUCCGUUUGAUGACAACCUCAACGUCCUGCAGACCUGCUGUGAGCAGCUGCUUGGGGUGAACGGGAAGCUGAGACAGGAACUGAUGCUGAUAGGGGAACCAAUUCCAGAACUUCAGGAGAGACUUUUGCAACUUCUGCAGGAUCUGAUUCAAAGCUCUCUUUUAGUGGACAAGCAGCCCCCUCAGGUCAUUAAGACUCAGUCUAAAUUCUCCACUACUGUGCGAUAUCUGCUGGGGGAGAAAGUGGCUCCGGGGAAGCCUGUGCUGCUGAAGGCACAAAUCAUCACUGAGCUGCAGGCAAGGAGCCUGGGCAGCGUACCCAGUGAUAAUGUCGGGGAACUGAUCAACAAUACAGCUAUCCUAGAACACAACACAGCCAGCAAGAGCACAUGUGCCACCUUCAGGAAUAUGUCCAUCAAGAAGAUCAAGAGAGCAGACAGGAAGGGAUCAGAGUCAGUCACAGAGGAGAAAUUUGCCCUCUUGUUCUCAACAGAAAUCAGUAUCACAGGCUGUGACACUCCCUACAGGAUACAGAUGAUCUCACUGCCGGUAGUCGUCAUUGUCCAUGGCAGUCAAGACAACAACGCUCUGGCCACCAUAAUAUGGGACUGUGCUUUUUCUGAACCAGACAGAGUGCCGUUCGUGGUGCCAGAGCGUGUGCCGUGGAGGCUGAUGUGCAGCACUCUCAACAGUAAAUUCACCUCCGAGGUUCAGACACAACACAACCUAGACCAAUACAACCAGCUAUUCUUGGCCCAGAAAAUCUUUGACAAGCCCGACUUUACUGACGACUUCAGCAACAUGAUGGUUUCCUGGGCUCAGUUUAACAAGGAGGUUCUCCCAGGUCGACCAUUCACUUUCUGGCAGUGGUUUGAGGGAGUUAUGGACCUGACCAAGAAGCACCUGAAAACUUACUGGAGCGACGGGCUGAUAUUCGGUUUCAUUGGGAAACAGCAUCUACACCUGAUUCUCAAAGACAGGCCCAAUGGGACAUUCUUGCUUCGUUUUAGUGACUCUGAGAUUGGAGGCAUCACAAUUGCUUAUGUGUCUGCUACAGAGAAUGGGGGACAAAAAAUCCAGAACAUCCAGCCCUUUACUAAGAGAGAUCUUGAGAUCCGUAGCCUUGGUGACCGCAUCCUAGACAUAAACCACAUAACGUUUCUGUAUCCUGAGUUUCCUAAACAUAAGGCUUUCCAAAAGUAUUACACAGAGCCUCAACAUCCACCCAGCGGGGGCUAUAUCCCUGUAUCACUCCAAACUAAAGUGGGCAUGGACGCUGGCUCAGCUGCACUCCCUGUUUCCAAUAUGACUUCUCAUGCUGAAAGUCCUCACAAUGUUGUUGCCUACCCCCUAGACGCUGGCUCAGCUACACAUCCUGGUUCCAAUCUGGAAAGCCCUCACAGUGCUGUUCCUUACUCCAUGCAUCAGUUCCAGCAACCAUUCAGCCCGCAAGAGUCCAUCAAUCAAGAACAAAUGGAAACUACAGUGUCUCCUGCUGAGUUCAACCAAAACUCUCCUGUUGUCUUCCCUGACAUGAGCUCAAAUGACAAUAUGGAACUAGUUUUAGACACUCUUCUCAAGGAUCUGGGGCAAUAGGAAGAUUUCCCAUCAGAGCUGUUUUGGAGUGUAAAGCUGACACUGAAUAAGUACGGGAGACAAACUUGUCCAUCUUAUCUUCAUAUGAAAAAAUUGCCACAUUUUGUACAGACUUUCUCCCUUCAUUUCCAUCAUCAUCCAUCUUCAGCCUUAUCUACUCUGGUUUAACCAGAAUGUAAAGUACUGUCAUCGCUGUCCAUCGGCUGUGCCUUGUUGUGCACCGUUUUUUAAACCUUUUCUUUUCUCUCCUUCUCCUGUUGGUAGGUUUGUUGAUGUUGAUUUAUUUGUUAAUCUGUUUGUACUAUAUUCCAUGCAUUUUGGAAAAUAAGUGAAUUACUGUACAGAUUACAGUGCUUAUCCAGCAACAACUUAACACGUGAACACGGUAACGGAACAUAUUGCAUGUUGUUCUCUGUGUUUGGUGCAUGCUUUUGCUUUGUUUUUUUAGUCAUGAUGAGGCUAAAAAUGUUUGUAGUAUUUCCCUAUAUAUAUAUAUAUAUAUAUAUAUAUAUAUAUAUAUAUAUAUAUAUAUAUGUGUGUGUGUGUGUGUAUAUAAUUCCUCCUUGUGAUCGAAAAGCCUGGCUUUGCCUCAGCUAUAGUUUGUGAUACAGCCAUUACACUCCUUAUUCCAGUAAUGAAGAGUAUGCAUGAUAAAUACUUCAUAACUCAGCCGUGUUGAAAUCAGUGUUUAUAUCCCUAACCUUCUCUGUGGUAUAGUGAGGAUAAGGAACAUGUAAGGAACAAGACGCUUCUCUGAAACUGUUGACUGUGAAACUAUACCACAUCACAUAUAAUGCAGCAGUGGUGUUGAUGAUGGUGUUGGGCAAUGUUGUUAUUAUAUCUGUCCAAUUAAAGACUCCAAUGUUUGUUUUAUGUAUAAUUUCUUAAAGCUUUUGUUGUUUUGAGCAUAGAUGUUACAUGGUUUUGAUUUUGUAUUUCUGAUGCCCUUAUGCAAAAAAGUGUUUCAGUAUGCAGGUGACAAAUCUGUGACAGAAAUAGUUAAAGUAAAUGAUCAAAAAUAUAUCGUACUUUUUAAUUAUUCUUAUUUCAAUCUCAUGUAAAUUCUCCAAUUGUUAUUUUAUGUGACAAAAAAUGAUGUCAUGCUGUUAGGAGGCUUUCAUAACACAUUCCUAUGUCAGGUUCCUGUUCUUUGUUGUUAGAUUUGUGUAUUUUAAAAGAGUAUAAUAGCUGUUGGGGAUAAAGUUAAAAGUAAAGUAAAAGUAAAGUAAAGAGCAGUAAUUAGCACUGCAGUUAAGAGUAAAACUAUAUAAUAAUGAGGAUGUAUAUAUCUUUGCUUCGUGGGGAGCCCUAAAUUAAAUUUUUCUUGGAUUUUAUUCACUGGUCUGUUGCUCAUCUGAAUGUAUAUCAAAAUCUAUCUUCUCCAUCAACCAUAAAAGCUUUGCACUACCUACCAUUACAUUAUCAAUGUUGUGUGUACACAAUAAUAGUAUAAAGGUGUGUUGGAUGUAUCAGAUAUAUUUGAUGAAAAUCCUUUCGUAUUUUGUGGAUCGAUGUUUAGAUAAAUCAUUCUAAGGCUAAAAUCCAUAUAUUCUUUCAUCUGUGGUGACAAAUAAAAUCUCAGUUUUUCUCAAAAUA